AUGGACAGCUCACCUCAACUCCCAGAGUAUGUGGUCGUCUUCGGCCUAGGAGCAAACUGUACCUCGGAAAUAUGCCCUCUAGAAUACAGCGUCUACGGGUACCGUCCAAGUCUUGCAGCUAAUAUUCUGUUUGUUGUUCUCUUCGCACUCGCUGGCAUCCUGUACGUCUUCCUCGGGCUGAGAUGGCGCACCUGGUUCUUUAUGGUGUGUAUGGUCCUGGGCUACCUCAACGCAGUUAUGGGCUAUAUUGGACGCAUCAUGAUGUACUAUAAUCCCUUCAACUUUGGGGCAUUCAUGCAACAAAUCAUUUGCGUUUCUAGCACCCCUGUAUACUUUUGGGCGGCCAUCUACGUUACGCUUGCCUUUUUUGUCGAGCAUUCUUUGCCCGCCCUCUCUCGAUUCCAACCGAAGCUUUUUUACUGGAUCUUCAUACCUUGCGAUUUCUUCUCACUCGCUGUCCAAGCAACUGGCGGAGUCUUGUCAACAAUAUCAUCUGGAACGAGUCAGACCCGCGUGAAUCUUGCUAUUGCUGGCCUUGCGUUCCAAGUGUUCACUACUAUUAUUUUUUGUGGCCUAUUUGGAGACUACCUGAUUCGUUACUUCCGGUUCAACCAGGUUAGCGCACUGGAGCUACGGGUGAGGCUUUUCUUUGCUUUCCUGGCUUUAGCCAUCCUUAUGAUAACAGCACGCUGCGUAUAUCGAUUGGUAGAACUCCAUCAAGGAUAUAGUGGACAUUUUGUUAAAGAUGAGGGUCUCUUGGUCGGACUGGAGGGAGUGUGA